GGGGGUUAGAAAGUGGUCACGUGGCGUGGCGGCUAAGAUGGAGGUCGGGGCGCUGCCGGGGCUGGCGUCUCCGCUCUCCGCCUUCUCCUGCGGCAGGGAAGGCGCCGCGUCCGAGUGCGGCACGAUGCUGGCGAGCGAGAGCCUGCUGUCGCCGGAACUGGAUUCGCUGAGCCCUCUGGAUGGACUCUUGUGCAGUUCCACCAGCGACACGUCCGAUGCCCCAUGGCUACAAGGUGGUGGCAGCGGUGGUGGCGGUGGCGACGGCAGCAUUGGUGACGCCACGCUGCUCAUGGCGCUCGCAGAGACUCUGGACAGCCUGGACGACAACACGGCUUCGCCCUUCGAUGGACUCCUCGACCCGGAGCCUCGGCUGCUCGCGUGCGACGUCGAAGAGAGCUCGACGCUGAAGAGGCUGCUUCUGUCGCCCGUGAGCGGCGCGGAGUCGCGCGUCGCCUCCACGCGGCACCCGUACUCCUCCGUGACCACCCGCCUUCCCACCUCCCCCGGCCGGCACGCGAACCGGCCCCGUCAGCGUCACCCGACGCCCACUUACCUGGAGCUGCUGCGUCACCUAUGCACCCUGGAGUCGGCCGCCUACUCCCCCGUCGGCGGCGGCGGGAGUGCUGUUUGCGACUGGGAGGGCAGCAGCAGCGGCAGCAGCGGGGAGGACAUGCCGGAGAAGCAGGACGGAAGCGCCGAGAGUUUCUGCGCGUCCGGUGGGAGCGGCGCGAGCAGCAGCAGCAGCAACGACGAAGACGACAUCGGCAUGCUGCUGCCGGAGGGCGAUGUGGAGGAGCUGCAGAAGCUCAUGGCCAUGGAUGGCUCGUUCGAGUUCGAUGUUAUCGACCUGAAGGAAGGCUCUGUCGUGGAGCUUGUGAGCUACAUGCACACCUACUGCGUGCGCGAUUCCGUGGCGUCGCUCUCCCUGCUGUCCCCCGUGAAAGCACCGUGCGGGCCGUCCGGCGGCGCGAGUCCUGAUGGCGGCUCCUCCGCGAGCUUCGCGCGGGCGCUCGCGGGAUCCUCGGCCGACGUCAGCGGCUCGGAGGGUGGGGAGGAGCAAGCGAGAGGGACCGAUGGCGACGGCUGCGGCGGCGGCACCGCCGCCCACGGGACUGGCUUCCUGGGCCCUCUCGACGGGCUUUGCGAGUCGAGUUCUCUCGAUUGCGGCUCGGAGAAGGCGUCGCUCGGGCGCGACGCCAAAGAGCGAGCAGAACGGUCGGCGGGCGCCAUUGCUGCCACCGUGACCACGGCGCCAGCAGCGGUGACUCCCGGCCCGGAAGAAAUCUCGGCGGCAACGUUCCCCGCCGCAAAGACGGAACGAGAAGACGAAGCGGACGUGAAAGCUGAAAAAGGCGACGCCGUCCCCUUAGUGGUGCCGCAGAAGAGGCCCAGGGGCAGGCCCCGAACGCGAAACGUGAACGGGCAGCAAGAACCGGGCGCGGCGGCGGCGGCGGCCAUGACGAAAAAAGCCGUGCGCUCGAUCUUGUUUGAGGAGCCACCUCGGCGCUCCGUGAGGAUCAGCAAAGCGAGGAAGGAGACGACGCAGAGUGAUGCGGCACAGCAGAGCCAGGCGAGACCUCCGCCCGAGCAUGUCGCCCACCCAGUGCUCGCGCGGGUUGACUUUAACCGCACGACCGCGGAGGUAGAAACCAAACCCAUUGUGGUGGUGCAACAGCAGCAGUCGAAACUGUCGAAAGUCAUCGGUGGGCUUGCUGCGUCACCCUCUUCCACGUCGCCGAUGACGAGGCCAGCACCCUUCUCCCUGUCGGCACCUUCUGUGUUGGGGUCGGUGUCGGCACCUUCUCCUUUGCCAGCAUCGGCACCUUCUCCUUUGCCAGCAUCGGCUUCAUCGGUGUCAAUCUCCUCGCCAGCACCUUCCUCUUCAAUUGUGAAACCGACAACCUCUGCGUUGGUAACGCCACCCACUGUAAUGACACUUUCUUCGCUGGUGCCACCACCUCCAUUGACAACUUUGUCAUCGAUGCCGUCAUCACCAUCACCUUCAUCUUCAUUGACACCCCCUUCAUCCGUGUUACCCUCUUCAACUGCACCCUCUUCACGGACGCCACCGUUGUCCACUCUGUCGGUGGCUCCCUCCCCUUCCGUGCCGUCCGAUGCGUUAUCGGCCGUGCCGCCCUCUCUAUCGGCGCCACCGUCUACGUCGAUGACUCCCCCGUUGUCGCAUCGGCCGGCGUCGUCGGCACCGCCACCUGACGGGGAGGCCCCCCCGCCGCCCCUUCCCGCCAUCGCCGUGCCACCGGAUGCGAACGCAGAAGAGGAGUCUGGUGCCAAGCGGCGCAGGAUCAGCCUGCUGCAGUACCGGCGCCGCAUGGAGGAGCGCGGCCUCGAGCUGGGCCCCCACGCCGCGGGCGGUGCCGGCGUGCAGUGGGGACUCGCAGAGCAGAGCGGCGCGGAUAAUGCGGCGAGUGCCGAUGCUCCGGCAGAGGCAGCGGCGGAGUCGAUGGAGGACGAUAACUACCUGGAGACGGAUCCCACGAUACGGGCGUUUUUCGAAGAGAUCGGCAUCGAAGCCAGCGACCUGGGCAGUCUGCUGCAGCAGUUCGAGGAGUCUGAAGGAAAGAGACGAGAAGUACCUGAGUCGACCGCAACGCGCACAGUGGGGACACUUGGCCAGGCUCAUGUCCAGGACGUUGGAAUGGAGCUCGAGUUAACUGCUUCCGAAGUUCGAGAAACUCCUGGUGUAAUUGCGCCAAGCACAUCUCUUCACCCGAAGCCAGACGCAAAAGUCAACUUGGCGUCGAGGGGAACCUCGGCAAAGAGGAAAGCCCCCCGUAGCCCUCAGAAGAGAGGAAUCCCUUUAGCUGGCAAAAUCCCACGGCUGGAAGCCGCAACGAAGCAGCCGUGCUCCGGCCAGCUCGCCCCAUCGACGCCCGCAGCAGCGCAAGCUGCUUCCAGCCGCUUCGCUCAGGCUGCCGCUACAAUUCCCGCAGCUGGCGCGAGGAUGAUUCCGCCUCUGCCCGCCGGCGUGGGUGCCGCCGCGCAGGACCCCCCGUGUGUCGGCGCUCCGAACGCCGUGGGCCCCGUCAAGCUGCCUAAAGUUGAGCAGCCACCGACGCUGCCGCCGGCCUGGGCCGGCCUGGGCGUCGCGUCGCCGAGCGUCGUGGCCGACAAGACGCUCUCUCUGCCUGCGUCGCAGCCGGUGGCCAACCGCACGCCGCCUUGCCAAUCGAACGCCUUGCCAAAUCCCGUACGUGUGGCCAUCCCUGCCGCAGCAACCGCUAAGAUGCUCCCUUCGAUGAAGUUUUCGCUUGUGCCAGCAGUGGCCGGAAAGCCACCGGCUGCUGCAAACCCGAGCUGCGCUGCAGCUGCUGCUGUUAUUACUACUGCUGUUCAACUGGACAUUUUCUCCCGCGUCUCUGCGUCCAAUCUUGCGUCGCCGCUCGUCGCCUCUCAAGUCGUGAACGGUUGCUCGGCCAACAAGUCGGAAAUCGGCGCCACUCCGGCGAACGGUGCUGUUGUGGAACGCGAGGCCGAGAUUCAAAUCCCCAACGUGCGCGAUCACGACUAUUGCCAGCAAAGCACCGCGGGCAACGCCGCGGCGACCGUCUCGGAGAGCGCCGGGGCUCCGGCCAACGCCGAACCACGGCGGGACGAAGGUCAAAAACUCAAGCGGCAGUACCGCACGCGAGCACCAGGAGGAGAGGAAGCGGAUCGGGGGAGUUCGCCGCCCGCGCAGGAAAGCAGCUGCUGCAGUACUAACGGCAGCGGCGGCGGCGGCAGCAGCAGUAGCAGCGGCGGAGACUCUGAGGACGACGAGCCCGGCUACUACGACAAGCUGCCCGGCUACUACAGAAGCGGCAAGUCUCUGCCCGAGCCCAAGUACCAGCCGCUGAGAGCAGAACGUGCAGCGGCUGGGCUGGCGGAGGGCAGGGAGAGGGGCAGCCGCAGGAGCACUAGCACGUCGGACGAGUACAGCUCGGCCAGCGACGAGGAGCGGUCGCCCGGCAAGGCGGCCCGCCACCGGCGCUACUACUCCAAGUUGCCCGUGUACCUGAGCGCCGCCAGCAAGGUCUCCAACCUUCCUUACGCCGACUGCGGCCAGGAGACGGCCAACAGCGACACGGACACGAGCGGCGACGCCGAAGAUGGGAGCCGGCGCCGCAGGACCAGGAGCCGGGGCUCGCAGGACCGCCGGUGCGGCGAGAGGAGGCACGGGGCCGCGACGAGCGGCGCCGGCGGGGGUUCCCUUUCGAGCUCGCCGGGCCGGCGCGACUCCGUGUCCCCGCCGUCGGCGGCCGCCGCCUCCCCCCACCAACGCGGCCGCCGGCGUAGCCGCUCGCGGUCCGGGUACGGCCGGCGAUACCGCGCCGGCGGAGGGGGCCGCUCGUCCUCGUCGACGACGUCGUCCUCGCAUCGGCGAUCGGUGUCCCCCGUGCCGUCGUUCUCCUCGGACGUGCCGCGGUCGCGACGACCCUCGCCCAGGUACGACGCGUACGAGAGACGGAGCGAGCGGCCAUGGCUCGAACGACGCGAGAGCAACAUCCUAGAGCAGCGGCGGCGACUGCACCAGAAAGCCAUUGAGGAGCGUCGCGUCAUCUACGUGGGGAAAAUUAACAACGGGAUGACGACGCUGGAGCUUCGGCGACGCUUCCAGUCCUUUGGGGAGAUUGAGAACUGCAGCGUGCAUUUCCGCGAGCGCGGGGACAACUACGGUUUUGUGACUUACCGCUUCACUUGCGACGCGUUCGCCGCGUUGGAGAAAGGCCACUUGGUGCACCUGCCCAAUGAGAUGCCCUUCGACCUGUGCUUUGGUGGCCGUCGCCAGUUCUGCAAGGCGUCUUACGCCGACCUGGACUCGAACCGAGGCUUGGAGAGGAGUACCGACCGAAGGACGGCGAUGGCCUCCUUGGACUUUGACAGCCUCCUCAAGGCUGCCAAGCACGGCAUGUAGAGGUAACCAGUGGGACGGCGGGUACCCAGGCUGUUCGCUGAAAGAGGCGGCAGUUGAAGUUGGACUUUUUAAAGAGAAUCGCCUGGCGACCCCUCCACCCGACACUGCCUUGCCGGUUCAGUGUGCGGCUGCUGAUGAAAUUGCCACUACACUUCGCUGCACAUCACGGAACUCCGUGAAAAAGUAACGCCCAUCUCGCGUUCCGGCAUCCGGCGCGUUUACACGAACGCUGCUCCUCAUCGCAAGUCCUGCGGAAUCACCCCGUAGAACGACCCCUUGGGACUUCCUUUAAAGGAGAGCGGCACGCGGAAGAUCUGCUGAGCAAAGUCAUUUUCUGCGUUGGCCCUGUGCUUGCGCGCACGUGCCCUGUGGUGUGUGCUUGGCUCGCCAAACCCCCUCCAGUGUGUAGUGCUUUUCAUGGCCGAUUAUUUAUUUUCUUUUUACAUUUGAAGCGUAGGGGCCCCGAGGUUGGUGGUGUUAUUUAUACUGUACCUAAUGAAUCUGUACAUUAUUCGCUUGUGCGAGGGGGAGGUCUACCACACAGUUUGUGGGGGUAUGGUGGACCAGAUAUCGUGGCAACGCUUUGAUCAUUUGCGUAACGGUGAAAUGACGAGCCGUUUAAUUUUUUUAGUUCGAGUGUGCAUCUGUGGUGUGCCUGUGUGUGUGUAUAUAUAUGCAUCUAAAAAAGCAGAUUAUAGUCGACCAAAACCACAAUACAAAGCUACCUUGAACAUGCAUUUGUGAUGAGUGUACAUGGCCAGGAUAUGCGAUAUUAGGAUUUUGUACCUUGGUAAAAAAUAUAUAUAGUUUUUCUAGUCAAUGCUGCCCUCCCCAACAAAGGAGGAACCUUGUUCAUCAACACAUAGUGAGUGUACGGAAGCCGAGGCGAUGGAGUCCCCCAAAUGAAUGGGGUCGACUUCCACAUGGCUGUACAUGGGUAUCCGUACGGGGUACGGGUGUAGGCCCUCGCCCAGGAGGUUUGCCGUCGCCCCGGUUGAAUGUGCGCAAUGAUUUUGUGGGGUAAAUUUCUGUUGCCCCCUUCCCCACCCCCCCCCCCACAUUAGUAUGUGCUAUUGCACAUAUACAGAAAGAAGUCUCCUGUGGACGGCAGCAUCGACGAAGACAAAUAAUUCGCUCGACCGAACUUAAAACGACGUGCGAUUUAAAAAAAAAAAAGUUUGCUUUCGAGCCCUAAAUAUCAGCGCCUUCCCCUCUGCCGGCAGUCCCAUCAAAGCUUUGCACUGGCACCAGCCGCGUCGCGCUGUGCGAGGGCGCGGCGCGUUGCUGCACCCUGUGUCGUACUCUCUGGUUGAUAAGGAAAUGUGGCGAUUGGCUCCUGGCGCGCACGAUCACAAGCGCGAGUCGACUUUUUGUUUGCGUUUGGGAGAAUGCAUCCGCCAGGGAGUGCAGAUCGCUGCCUAUUACGGCGGAUGGUUUAAUCUCGGUUGACUCUUGUGCGGUGAAUUUGAACAGUGCCGAUUACGGGGUUCGUCUGAUUUAGUUGGUUUAAAGAUAAUUCCUUGUAUUUUUAUUGUUUGGCACUGCACAAGGGUGUGGAAUCAGCUGCAAUUGCAUAAGCGCAGGGACAAGUAUCAUCCUUGAAAUCCCCCGUCAGCUCCUGAUCACAUGCACUGCCAGUGGUCUGGGAAGUUGACAAAACACAUCCAUAAGAUGAGCAUCCCCCCCCCACCCCACAUGCUUCGAACAAUACCGCACACUACUACGCCUUGCCCAUUGUUCUGUUGGUGUGAAAAUUCACAUUUCAAAGGCAGGAUCCAGACAGAUUUGUUUAUUUUGUUGUUCUUCCCAUGCACCGCCGAUUAGCAUGUACGAUGCGAAAGAAGCUUCGACAUGCAUAACAGACCUGUCCAUAUGACGUCCGUUUAUGACUUUCCAAUUGGUGGUGCAGUCUCACUCGCCAGCUCUGGUGCGGUCUCAACUUACUCCAGGGGGACGAUUCAAGCUUAACUUGGAUUUGAACUCAACACUUUGCAAUCGUGAGACCUUGCCGUUGAUGUUAACCUGUAACCAUCAUAAUUAUAAUGCAGAGUGUUAAAUAGCCAAAUGAGUUAUAGAGGCACUAUGAAUUUUGCUCGACUGCACAGGUGGGUGAAAGGGCCCUAUAGCGUAUCGUGAGAAGGCGUACUAAUAAAACUGGUUCGGAUCUGCGGUGGCAGAAGGCAUGGUUAUCUCUUCGCCGCUGAUAUGACGUGUGAUAAAGGUGUGGGUUUUAUUUUGCGUUCAUGUAUAAUUAAUUCAUUUUUAAAGGUUGUUGCACAUUUUGUUUUUCUUAAUCAACUUUUGUUUUAAUAACUUUCGCUGGUACAAGACACUGCUUACGAUGUCGAAGAAGCGUAGCUUGCCGUGCCAACUUCGGUACCCGUGGCGUUCGUUGCAAUGAAUUUCGCUAAAAUUUCACAAUAAAAGUCUUAUUAACUCUGCAAAUGAACAAGUAUCGUUUGGAGGACGAUGCUCGUAAUGAACGGAUGCGCCCCGUGUACCGUUGGUACCGUUUCCCACCCCCGCCCCCCAUGUGCCCGAUUCGCAUUCUCGCCACGGUGACAGCAGAACCACUUGGACAACGUUUCUUGCAAAACGAUUUAUUCCCCCAAAACCCAACCAUGUAGUCACAAUCUGGCUCCAUCCAACCUUGCCAAGCCGUCUAUUUGAGAAGGUCGACGGUGAACCUAGAAGAACCUCGAUGUCGCCACAGCCAUGCCGCUGCCGACGGAUUGCGGCGUUCCUGACUAAACGCUUGCAAGCGCAUUGUAAAACGCGACUUGGUGCCCGUUAUGGAAUGGGGGAGGGGGUGUGUGUGUGUGGGGGGGUAGGCCUGGUAAAACUUGAGCAACCAAGAGGUUGCAAAACCCAACAUCUGCUUUAUCUGGAUUUGUUUUUUCAGCGCAUGUCAAUUUGCAGAUGGAUGCAUCCAUGUGCAUUUGCUGAAUUUGCACCUGAGCAGGCGGUUGUUUGGAUAACCGAAUCGUGUGUGUGUUAGCGGGACGGGAGAGUUGUUGGAUUUUUAAAGGAAGGCUCGAGCCAAAACACACCCUUGUUAUUUUGCAGAUACGUAGCCGAUUUUUUAUGAGGAUUCAUUCUCCUGUCGGGGACAGUUCCGUACUACACAACUAAUUAACAUUAAAGAGCAGGCUUUUCACAUCCACAGUAGAAUUGUAUGAGACUUUGUCUCGUACGAUGUCUUGGACUGGUUUGGUUUUCAACAUCUCUUCAAACGUGUCGGGCAGCAUAGGGGGGUACCACUACGUAUGUAGGUGUAUGGCCCUUUAUCGAUCCACUGCUGGAUGGUUCCAAGUUUGCAGGAGUUUGACCAUAAUUAAAAAUGCAGGUAACUUUACGGGUUGAAGGCGUGGGGCAUAAACAGACGUUCGCUAUGUAGCCCUGCAGCCAACAAUGCCUCUAUGCAUGGUGGUAGGCCAUCCAAGCAUUAUCCAGGCGCCAUCCUGCUUAAGCUUGCGAGCUCUGACGGGGAUCGGGUUCAUGCCAGACGAUUUGGUCAUAAGCCAGACUGCAUCUGUGGAACAAGAGCUGUGUUUUGGUUUGUGCCUUCACUUACCUGCUGCUGCUGCAUUGACAAUGCUUAUCAAACAUCCUCCUCUCCCCCAUCAUUCACCUCUUGAUUUCAUUGGCAUCUCACCAAUGAAGGCACUCCCUUAAAUUUUUAAUAAUCGUGGUCGCAAUUUGUUUGCAACAACAAUUGUAUAUUUUUAAAAUCUCGUUAUUUCCACUUGUGCUCAUUGACCCGAAUGCGACAAUAGAAACGUUUGCGUAAAUUGUGUAAACAGAAAAGAGGCCACACAUAAUUUGAUGCCGUGCAUUAUAAGCAUUCAUUGAUUUAAGUUUCUAUAUUGACGUUUUGCCUCCUUGUUUACCGGUUGGUGUGCAAUUUACAUGUCCAAAGGAGUGGCAUCAAACAAGGUGGAUUAUCGGAUGUGUUUUAGAGAAUUCGUUUAAAUCCAAUGUGCCCGCAGGCACAGCAGCAGAGUAAUUGAAUUUUGUACUCUUUGGUUCUUUCGGCAAAGUCACGUGGGUAUAAAACAAAAUAAAUGAAAAUCACGACGUUUUGGAAGCAACACAAGCAUCAGUUAUCAGGUGGGAAAGCCACAGCAAUUUGUUUCUUGCUGUGGCUUUCGAAACGUCGUGAUUUAAUUUAUUUUGUUUUAUACCUACGUGACUUUACCGAAAGAACCAAAGAGUUAUGGAUCCUUGCAGUCACGAAAACUUCAGAUCUAGAUUUAACUGAAUUUUGAUUUGUCAUUUUGCCUGCCGUUAUUUUUUUAAAAACUUGACAAGUGCAAAGGAAAAUAAAAUAUAAAAUGCAGUUUCGCUCAUCGUGCGGCUGAAUCAGAAAAUGAAUUAAAAGAAAGCGAAAAAACAGCAAAAUGUAACCCAAAUGAUUCCUAGAAAGAUUCAUAUGAAAUGUGUUUUACAAGUACCCAAAAAUGUUGUUUUGAUAAUAAAAUAAUCAACUUGA